CCGAGUAAUUCAACACUGAUUUCUCUCCGUAUGAGCGAGGGACAGACGGGAUGCAAAAAACUCCAGCGAGACUCAUCACUUGGACUCUUGGAAAGGUGACAUUUUGAAUAAACAAGACAAAGACAGAACAACACGAGCGGGGAAGAAGACGCGAAGAGGCACAAAAGCCGCGUGCUUUUUCUCCAUCAACUUCCAAGAAGCGCGACCAUGCAGCCCGUGAGCUAGUGCCCGAUUAUUGUUUCGACUUAUCACCAACUGAGUGAUCAGUUUGAGAGAGGAGGCCAAUAGAAGAGAAAGGAAGAACUAAUAAAGACUGUUGCCGUUGAAAAGUAAUGGUCCUGCGAGAUCAAUCUUAGAUCAAGACUUUUUCCUUCUUUUCGCUGCUCAUUUUUCAACGUUUUUGGACUCGCCGGGACAUCUGACUAAACCUGGAAGCGAACUGCCCACAUGGUCCAGCCCGUAGCGUGAAAGUUGAGUUCUUCAGAAUAUCCGAACAGCUGCUGAAGCAGGUGAACUGCAGUAACGACAGGUCCAGGGCCAAAGUGACCGCGGCAGACCAGAGCAGGGCCAGGUCAGGGCCAGAUGUGGGCCAGAUCAGGGACGUGUCGCAGCCCGCCGUGUUCUGGCAGUUGGGCAGUAAGCAGCUGGCGUUCCAGCAGCAGUUGAUCCAGAUGCAGCAGCUGCAGCAGCAACACAUCCUGAACCUGCAGAGACAGGGCUUAGUGGGCCUGCAGCCGGGACAGGGAGCUGUACCUAUACAGAGCCUGCAGCAAGCCAUGUGUCCCCCGGAGCUCCAGCAGCUGUGGAAGGACGUAGCGGGCGGUGUGGCGGGUGCGGAGGAGCAGGUGAAGCACGAGGGCCUGGACCUGAGCACCAACAGCUCCAACUCUACCUCAUACUCCAACAGCAAGGCCUCGCCGCAGAUCUCACACCACCCGGCCCUGCCCAACGGACAGAACCCCCUACACACUCCAAAGAGAGACCGAGCAAGACUCUUUGAGUGGAUCUCGUCCUUCACCAAGGAGAGCAGUGACGAGCACCUCACGCCUUACUCCAAAGGCUCCAGCGCCCACGCGCCCCAUGAGGAGCACUCCGGCACACACCCCCUGUACGGACACGGAGAGUGCAAGUGGCCCGGCUGUGAGGCACUCUGCGAGGACAUGGGACAGUUCCUCAAGCAUCUGAACAGUGAGCAUGCUCUUGAUGACCGCAGCACAGCCCAGUGCCGAGUGCAGAUGCAGGUGGUGCAACAACUCGAGAUACAGCUGGCCAAGGAAAGUGAACGUUUGCAGGCUAUGAUGACCCAUCUUCACAUGCGCCCUUCAGAGCCAAAGCCUUUCAACCAACCUCUGAACCUGGCCUCCAGUGCUUCCCUGCUGAAGCGAGACAGCGAGGCGUACCCAGAGGGCUUACCUCACCCGCCCACCUCCGCGGCUGCACCAAUCACGCCGCUCCGCCAGGGCCCGUCCGUCAUUAGCUCCUCCUCCCUGCACGGCGUAGGGCCAAUCCGCAGACGCAACUCCGACAAGUACUGCACCCCCAUCGCCUCAGAGCUGGCGCAGAAUUGUGAAUUCUACAAGAACGCUGAUGUCAGACCUCCCUUCACCUAUGCCUCCCUUAUCCGGCAUGCCAUCUUGGAAGCUCCCGACCGUCAGCUGACCCUCAACGAGAUCUACAAUUGGUUCACACGAAUGUUCGCCUACUUCAGACGAAACACGGCCACAUGGAAGAAUGCCGUGCGUCACAAUCUGAGUCUGCACAAGUGUUUUGUGCGUGUGGAGAAUGUGAAGGGGGCCGUGUGGACCGUGGACGAAGUGGAGUACCAAAAGAGGAGACCACCAAAGAUGACCGGAAGCCCUACUCUGGUCAAGAACAUGAUUUCUGGGCUCGGCUUCGGAUCCCUCAAUGCCAGCUACCAG